CAUGCCAAUCAGACUUAUGUCAGCAUCAGUCAAUAGGCAAUAAAAUAACAGAAAUUUGUAAAAAAAAUGUAUUUCCUUCAAAGAAAUACCUAGGACAAUGAAGAAGUGAGGGGAAAAACUUCUUUCUCAAUUUUGGAAACUCAAAUAGGACAAAUUUCAUAAUGGAUAGUAACAAAAAUACACUAGACGAACUCCUCGAUCUGACAGACACCGAAGAAUCCACUUCAUCCUCCAGCCACCAGGUAUUCGAAGGUCGCGAGGCCUUUGUCCUGGAGCUGCACGAUUUGAAAAAAGAUGAGCCAACCAAAGAGCAGGAACCUGAUAAAAAGAAGCGGAAAAAGAGAAAAAACAAACUAUCUAGCACUGCAAGCAAUACCGAAUCUUCUAGCAGCGCUUCUGAAAGUUCCAUCCCACCAACUUCGGCUGAUGCUGCAAAGGAGCAGUUCUUUGAUGCCCAUGAAAGCUAUCAUGGAUUGCAAGAUCCAGUCUCGGCGCUAGGGCAAGCGGUGCAGACUUCAAACCGUAAGACAAUUGAAGCUCUGCGAACCACAGCGCCCUCUGCUCAGCCACCCAGUGCUACCUCAAAAUCCCUGGAGCUACCGGUAGUAUACGAACCACUGAAAUAAAUAUAACAAUACUAUUUUCAAUUGUAUUUUAAUCAUAAAUCAGUUUAUUGAAUAGAAAUUGUUUAAUUUUUCCAACAUACUCAUUAAAU